AAGCCACACGCGCUUAUGAAAAAAACAAAAAAACAAAAAAACAUGGCUGUACCCUUGCUCAGGUUACACCACGUUUCGUUGUUCGUUUCUAAUGGGCAUAAAUUAGCCUCCGACCUCGUCUCCAAAUACAAGUUUAAUUUGUUUGCCACUAGACUAACUGACAGGUCCACGCAGGUGGCAUUCCGAAAGGGAGCGGCUGUCUUCGUUGUGAAUGAGCGACCCACUCAGAGCGCUCUGGGUUUGAAUGAAUGGCCGCAGGUUGCUGGGAACGACAGGAACGAUCAAAACUCCGCCGAUGCUCCGCGGGUCAGCCUGGGGAAACACAAGCGGAGUCGGCCGUCGUGUCUUUACGACGUCCACCUGGACCACCCGGUGGACUCUGUCAGCAACGUGUGUUUUGAGGUGAGCGACGUGGAAAGGGCGUUCAAGGAGCUCCGACGCCUGGGCUGCGACUUCUACGUCCCCCCCACGACGGUCGAGGACGAGAAUGGCCUCGUCACCUACUCCGUGGUCAAAUCGGUCGUGGGAAACGUGUGCCAUACAUUGAUCGAUAAGACGAAGUAUGGAGGGAUAUUUUUGCCGGGGUUUGACGUCACUGAGAAGGACUGGGACUUGGAAAAGGAGGACUUGUCUUGUCCAGUGACCCAUUUUGAUCACGUUACCUACGCGUGUCCCAGGAACUCAACCCACCAGGUCAUGAAGUGGUACGAGAAACUUUUUGGGUUUCAGCGAUUUUUUAUAGAUGGUGAUGAAGAUGUGGACGAAGGUUUUGUGGUGAACCAGGAAGGAGUCGGGCUUCGACUCACUGCCAUGGAGUACUGGAAGUGCAGCAAAGCCGGCAUCUCUCUCCCCUUCACGGACAAGAGAGAGCCCGACUGCAAGUUCGUCAUCGCAGAAUCACUUCCUCAUCAAAGUCGCAACCAGGUGGACACCUUCCUGGAGCAGCACAGAGCGGCGGGCAUCCAGCACAUCGCCCUCUACACCAAAGACAUCGUCUCUGCUGCACACACGAUGGCUGAAGCCGGCGUCCAGUUUUUCUCCCCUCCCCCUGCCUACUACACAGAGGCUGGAAAGCGGCAGGAAAUAGAGGAGGCGGGACACGAUCCCCGGAAGCUUUCGGAGCACGGCAUCCUUCUGGAUGCAGACCUGCAGCAGGAUCCGUCGUCCCUGAAAGAAUGCAGCGGAAACAAAAGAUAUCUCCUGCAGGUGUUUACAAAGCCCAUCUUCGCUGAAGACACCUUCUUCCUGGAGCUGAUCGAGCGCCGGGGGGCAACGGGGUUUGGCGAGGGGAACAUCCGGGCGCUGUGGAGGUCCGUGCAGGCGUACAUGGAGAACGAGAGGGAGGGGGGUUCUCAAAGAAAAACUGUGCAGUAAUGAUCACUUCAUGUUUUUCCUACAAGCCUAACUUAUUGCCUGUGUGUUUUAAACGUAAUGUUAUCGCCCUUAUAGCGGAAGUUAUGCGUGUCAAAAAAAUUGUUUUGAUGUUUCUCUCUUCAUGUUCUGUUAGUGGGGUUUCUUGAAUAUGACCAGACUGUCUAAAAAAAAAAAAAAAAAAUGAAAUGUGCCUACAUGGGAUGCCGACAGUGCUUAAAACGCUUUAGUUUCUGUGCUGUUCUCCCUUUUAUCAAAGCAAACCAAAUGAACUGAAAGCAGCCGUACCUCAAUAAAUCUGUUUCUCACCGACUGUAAAGACUAAACACUGCAUUUAAACGAUGUUCUCCACAUGAGGCAAACAUUAAACUGAAAAGAAACCUG